AUGCGUGAAUUCGCAGACUGUACAAGUCUUUCUACUCCACGUGUACGGAAUAACAGUGUACAUACCAUAAUAAGCAGUAACACCUUUAAAGAAUUAAGGGAAUUUAAUCUUUGCAAAAAUAACAUUACUUUUUUAGAAAUGAAUGCAUUUACAGGUUUAGUGGGCUUGAAGAAACUGCUUCUUUGUCAAAAUAGUAUUUUGUAUUGGAAUCAGAAUUUAAAAAAUGUCUUUAAGUUAGAAGAAUUAGACAUAUCAGGAAACAAUAUGAGAGGGUUUAAGUUUGAUAUGCUGCCAAAGAGUGUUAUGAAGAUCCUGGCAGACAACAACAACUAUGACUGUAAUUGCCAACUUCAAGAUGAGAUAAGAAAGUACUUACUCUGCAGUAGGAGACAAAAUAUCACAGGAGUUUGUUCUAUGCCAACGCAUUUAAGAAGUUUACAAUUGGACACUUUUUCUUUAAAAGAACCCUGCAUGAAUAAUUUCACAUGUCGUAAAGAUACAUCCAAGAGCUAUUGUAAGUGUGGUAUUGAGUAUACAGGAGAGUAUUGUGAAAAAAUAAUAUAAUCCUUGCUCAAAGAACCCAUGUAACAAUCAUGGUACGUGUUAUGUUACGAACCACAAGCUAAAAUGUAAAUGCAUGCAUGGAUUUUUUGGUCCACUUUGUGAGUACUUGCAAACAACCGCAAAAACUACACAAACAGGUACCGAAUCAGGUAGUACAAAGGUGACACCCACCAAGACAUUCUCCACUCUCUAUAUUGUCCUAAUAGUGGUAGCUCCUAUCACUUAACUUAUUAUUGCAGCCAGCGUUAUAUAUAUUGUAAAGGUAAGUUCGGCAACAAACUUUUGCUUUGGUAAUUAUUGGCUACUAGUAAUUGAUACUUUUUACGUAGUCUAUUUCCUGUGUUUCACAUCCUAUAAGCAUUCUUAUAGUUCACAUGUC